GGAUUUUAUAUAGAGGUUACUGCAUGAUUGACUUAAGUUUCAAACACUAACGUACACCAAGAAAUUCACAAUAGCAAACAACAAAUCAUAAACAAUAGACAAGAGCAAUGGAGACAUAAUGCACAGUAAACACUGCUGAAAACCACAUUAAAAUUCAUUAAACAAACAGAAACACAGGGACUCUUAGGAACUUUGUUAAGUAAUCAUUAAGAAAAUGUCAAGCAACAACGGCAUCAAACUAAGAAACCGAAGAUGAAAAUAAUCAUCAACUCCACUAUGUUACUAACACUAAACUUAACUUUUAUACUUGACCGGAACAAUAUUAUUGAAUGAAAUAAGGGGCGACACCCCAAAACAAGUAGCAAACAAUACUUAAGAGAAAUAAAUACAAGUACUCGUGUCCUGAUUUUACUUGUUCCUUGUUCUUAUUCAAAAGCUACAGGAAGAGAAGGUCAUUCCUUGGAGCUUGGUUUGCAAGUGGUGCACGAUACCAUGACCUUGGGUUUUCACAGGAAGGCUGUACUGGAUAAAAUGUGUUCUUAUAUCUGGUACUUGUCUCCGAGAUUGGUCGUCCUUGCACUCUUUGACGAAGAGGUAUCCAUGCAACAGAAGAGAAAAAUAGUGAGAGCACUUGAGGAAAGAAAUGGUGUCUCGGAUUCGUUUUUUCGUGUAAAUGUGGUAAUGGAUGACUCUGUACUUACUCUUGUUGCAAAGUUCGUCUCCAAACAAUCCAUGAAGUUCUUCCAUGCAACUUCCUUGAAAAAAGAUCCAGUAGUCCAAGGAACAGAUGAGGGUUAUCUCGAAGGUCUGAAGAUCGUCACCCAUUUUCGGGUUGUAAAUGAUGCGGCUGAGCGCGGAGUAGCGUCGGUUACUCGUUUCUUGAAAGGAAACGACCUUACCAAUGAUGAGGAACAGCGACAACUUCUGCGGGUAACUCUAGCUGAGGACAGAAAGAUAAACAAAUUAGUUUAGGACACAUUCACAUGCACUUUCCUAUAAUUAUAACAUGUAAUUGUAAAGUGAAUGCUAAUAUUAAGAAGAACUUGUUAUACCUGUGUUCCUAUUAGGUUUUCUUUUAACAUAACGUUGCACUGCAAAUCCAAGUGUAGGACAGGUCGACACUUUAAAGCGUAGACCAGUUUGUCCUAGGGAUGUGCGAAUAGUUCGGUAUCGAAUCGAACCAGCCCUGAUUCGAUUCGGG